CUCGGCGCCGUCCUCCCCGCCGCCCUGCAAAGCUCCACCAAAAUCUCCAAGCGCGACUCCUGGGGAGGCAGCGUCUCUCUUGGCCCUACCACCUCCGACAUCAUCAACGCCGUCACCACCAUCAUCCCCGGCGAAGCCCCCUCCACCCAGAAUGGCGAACUGUUCCUCUGGCCCGGCAUGAGCAACGGCACCGGCGACCUCAUCCAGACCACCCUCGAGAGCUGGCCCAGCAACGCCUGGUGCGGUGCUACCACGGGCCAGUGGUGCGUGCGCGCCAGUAUCUUCGGCUCGUUCGGUCAGUUGGAUGGCACCGGUUCCCCUGUCAGCGCCGACGACCACGUUCGUAUCGAAUACAACCUCGCUUCCGACGGCGAGACCUGGACUCAGAACGUCACCAAUGCUCUGACCGGUGCCGCUCUGUCAAGCUACUCCUACGCCGCUGGCCCAUACAUGACCGGCUACGGCACUGGCACCGAAUGCGACAGCGACUGCACCGGCACAGUCGCCUCCCAGCUCUACAUCAACACGACCAUCACGCUGCGCGAAGCGGACACCAGUUUCGGCGACACCAUUGCCACGGGUGCGGGCGCUACCUACACCGGUCUGACCUCCAGCGAGGGCGGCAAGGUGUGGAAGAUUGCGACCAUUAGUAUCCCUGCCAUGGGCUCG